UGUUUCAGCUUGAAAAGCAGAAUUCAUCUUCGUAAUUGUCAUGUUGGUGAUAUUGAAGUCGACCAUAACUAUCGAUUUACUUUCUGCUGUGUUGUUUUGUUUUCUGUUCCCUCGUUUUUUGUCUGCUACUGCUACUGGCGCUAGUAGUGACAAAUUUUGCCAAUGUUUAUAAAACCCCCACUUGACCUCUUUCGGUGUUUUACGUAUCACUUAUUCAUGAGGCUGGACGACAGGCACCUGCACACUGUACUUUAAAACGCAUCUUCUGUUUUCAAAUUUUGACGCAAUGAGCAAACUGAGAGAUACUGGAAUCCUUCAAAGAGAUGAUUUUGAUGCUGGUCCGACUAAUCUUGAUGAAAUUGAGCCAGGCCUCUGGUUGGGAAAUUUGACAGCAGCUACGGACAUUGAAACACUCCAAUCUCACGGUAUAUCACAUAUUUUAACAGUUGAUUCAUGUUCUUUGCCAUGUGCAAUCACAGAACGCCGAGGGAUGGUGACAAAAUUUUUGAAAGUCACAGACACUGCGCAAGAAGACUUGUUGACUAUACUUGAUAGUGCUGUAGACUUCAUUGCUGCAUCGCUUGAAAGUGGAGUUUUACUAGUUCAUUGCUAUUUUGGGGUAUCCCGAAGUGCUGCUGUGGUUAUUGCAUACAUCAUGAAAAAAUAUUCGAUAUCCUUCGAGUGUGCCUUUGAAAAGGUUAAAGAAAAGAGGAGGUUUGUUGGCCCCAACCCAGGGUUUCAAUCUCAGCUAAGGCUUUACUAUACAAUGGGUUGGAAAUUAGAUGGCACAAAUCCUCAGUUCAAAUUGUACAGGUUACACUGCGCCGCUUUUCAUGUCAGCAAAGCUCGAAUCUUACCUACUGGAUUUAUGGAUUUAGUUAAGUCAGAUCCAUCAUUGAUCAGAGUGAAACCUGAGCCGCUUGUCUAUAGGUGCCGAAAAUGCAGGAGAAUUGUUGCCUCUGCAUCAAAUAUACUUCCUCACAUUCCAAAAGAAAAUCCAAAGUGGACAGAUCCUCGCUUGACUGAACUAACGCGCAGAUCUUCAGGGACAUUUGGUGGUCAACCUUCUCAAACCCCAGAUGGAGCAGGAGAUUGUGAUAAGACAACAGCUUGCCGUGAAACUUACUUUGUUGAACCAUUAAGCUGGAUGGCAGAAGUCCCACAUCAACAGCAGGGCAAAUUAAACUGUCCUAAGUGUGCUACAAAACUUGGCUCAUUUAGUUGGAUUAUGGGUUGCCAAUGUCCGUGUGGUGCAAAGGUAUCUCCUGCAUUUUACUUGGUACCUUCAAAAGUCGAGUGGAGCAAUUUUGUUCAAAAUGUGCAAGUUACUGUUUGAUUUUUAAUACCACAAUGUUGACAAAUUUAACAGCUUUCACCUUUAAAUUUGCACAGCUGUUUUCCCAUUGCUCCCCAGAAAAGCAUAGUUGUUUGACUGUUAUUCCCUCUGGUUGGUUGCUUCCAUUCUUUGCCAUCCAUUUUUUACUUAUACACAUAUUAAUUUUAAAAUUCCUCUGUGAUUCUUGUGCCAAUGUGUAGGUUUUCAUGUGGUUACUGAAUCUUAUGUAUUAUACUUCAAAGUGAUAGGGAGUAUAGAUGUGGUAGCAAGUACAAUUUUUAUUAUUUGGUAAACACCAGAGAUGUAUCAUGCAUGCUCACUGUUUUAUCUUAUCCUCUUUUGCUGUCUUUUGCAGCAGUAGCUGAUUUUGUACUUUUACUACAAGUCAACAUAACAAAUAUGUAUUUAGUCUACUUUGUGUAUGUUAUGACAACACAAAAUUCUGGAACUCUUUGCAUACCAUAUGGGUACUUCAUACAUACCAUUUUCUCUUAUUCAGUAGUGUUCUUUAAUCUUAUCAGGAAUGUUGAGUUUCUUUUGGAAUGUCAGUAAGUGCUUAUAGUUCUUCCCAACCCUAGUGUUCUAUUGGUGCUGUGAAACUGUAGGUGUAAUUUGUUAUUUUAUUUGAGUACCUGUAUCUUCUUUGGAAGAACAUUUAUUACUACAACUUCAUUAAUUUUUAUGUCACCAAGGUCCCUUUACUUGGCUCUGUAGCAAGACAAUAUUAUAAGUGUUUACUCAGUGACUGUUUUAUUGCCUUUCUAGCAUAUUUAAUCAAGGUAAAACCAUUCCAAAAAAAUAUUCAGACUGUUUCAUUUUUUGUUAUAUCGUAGUUUACUAAAUGUGAUACACUUUUGAUUUACAAAAUAACAAUCUGAUUCUGAUUAUCAAUCUAAGUAGAUUUUAUAAUUCAUUGAAUGUCUAUGUAUCUUGAUUUAGAACAGUUUACAGUUUGGUCUUUUAGUCUAGUGUGGUGGAAGAGAGCCAAGUCCAACCUGUAAUAUUUACUACUGGAUGUCCUCAGUCCCACCAUACCAGAAAUUGAAGUGUAUAGUAUUCCAGUUAAGUCUGUACGGCUGUGCCCAAAAAUUGUGUCUUUCAAAACUGAUAUUGUUAUUCUCAAAAACUAUCACUAUAGCUUAUAUCUACCAAAAUUAAUGUGCCUUUCGCGUCCAGCUCCAGUGUCUUUUUAAGUAAAUUCUUCCUUUUAUCUGUCACUCUUGUACUGUCUCCCAGUUGUGGAUUGUGUCAAGUAAGACUUCAAAUGUUAAUGAUUUGUUGUUGAAGUUAUUGUUAUUAUUAUUACCAUACUAUCGUGUUAUUACCUUAGUAUAAUAAUUGUAGAAAUAUCACUGCCGUCUUCAUCAUGCAAUGCGUGGACGUUAAAUAAAAAUGUGGCUGGAGA